AAGUUGACCACGCAUGGAUAACAUAUCCUUUUUUUCGUUACGUUCGGAACGAGGCGGACGCGAAACGGAUCGGCUCCGAUUCCAGUAGCAUCGCGAGUCGUCUAAUUGAGCGUAGCAAGAUCUUGGCGAAUCGAACGCAAUCUUGGGCAUCGGGGGUGAUAUACGAGAUGAACCGAGACAGAUCGGCCCCAGGACGAAUGUCGUCGCAAUAUUUAAUUGGUAAAUGAAAAGUACAUGAAAGUAACAUCGAUAUCGUAUUGAGAUAUAAUAUUCUGGGGUGCUGUUCCGUAACCACUUACCGACAAUUAUCGAUGUCGUUAAGUGUCGUUGCGCAUAUUUUUUCAUAUAUCAAAAUACAUGCGUAAAAACAUUUAUUUAACGGCAUUGAUAGUUGUCGAUGGUUACGGAACUGAGGCUCAAUUCUGUACCGCCUACCGACAAGUAUCGGUGUCGUUGCGCAAAUAUUUUAUAUGGCAAAAAGCCUACGCAACGACACCGACAGUUGUCGGUAGCCGGUACAGAAUAGAAACCCCGGUCGGUAAAAAUCUCGCAAGCAAAAGCGGUAAAUACCGCACGCGGCGCGACGUCACUCUUGGCGCGUUAUUUUUUUUACAAAUUAUAUAAUUUUCCUCCACGCGAGGAACGCAAAACCGCCAGGGAACCUUCUCGUCUUUGUUUCGUUUUAUCGUUUCGUCGAUCCACUUUAUGAAUUGUAUCGGAAACUCCGCGGAGCUCUCUUCACGCAUUCGUACGUGAGGCGCUCGGGAAUUUAGACGUUACGUAAAAAAACAUUAAAAAAGAAAAACAACGUGAAUCGCGCUCUGCGAAAACAAAAGGUGCACGAUGUAUUGUUACACGCUGACGCCGCUAUUAUUAACCGUCCUCUCCUACCUCCUCAGCUGUUUCUCGGUGCUUUUUAAUUGCGUCUCCUAUAACAUGUUCGCGCCGCGAACGAAAAGGAUCACGCAUUGUAAACGCAAAUGAGAGAAUCGCGCUUCGCGGGAGUACUUAGCCUAGAUAUGCAUUUCCACUUCGAGGGGAAAGCUUCGAGUCAAUUUUAGCCGGGCUUAUCUAACAGCUGCGGCGCUAUUUUCAUUCUCUUACGUUACAUUUUCUUUGUCAAUUGUGUUUUCAUUUCGUAGCGCAUGUUAUCUUGUCGCAUCGACUCGCACACUUGCAUAUUUCGGCACAAAAAUGUAGGAAAAGUCUGUAAAAGUUUUUAUUGCACAUAAUCACGUGCGGGCGGGUACUUUGAAGUAAACGGGGCGCUUUCGGGUUUCGUUGGUUGAUAGAUAUAAUGUUUCUCUAACAUUAUUUCUUUCUGAAGAAAAAUCUCUCGUUAUUAAUCUCUGAAAAAAAAAAAAUUAUAUAAUCUUGAAUCGUUUAUACAAUAUUAUUUUAAUUAGUUCAAAAAGUACACGUAAACGUCGAUGUUUUAAACGUUACUUUAGUGUACUUUAUUUACUGUCUACGAAACCCUCCUUAUUUUGUUUAAUCUCGAUAUCCACCGAUCCGGCAUAUACCCGUUCAUACCGAGUGCGUCUCUCUCGUACCCUUUUACCCUUCCGUCCCACGCCCUACCCCCUCCUCCCGAGAGGUGUCUCCCCCUUCCGUGCCCCCCUUCGUUCCCCGUCGGUUGGUUCAGUUCCCCCACCAACCGGUGUCCAGUUAUGUUGUGGCGAGCGUCGUUGACUCUAGCGAUCGGUAUACGUCUCGUCUUUCGCGUUGUUUCGCGAGUCGUAUCCUCGAAUUUCCAUUGGUGACACCGUCGCGCGCGUUUCGCCACACGAUCAGUGCGCGUUGGGAUCGAUCGCGUUGAUCUGGAUACACCAGCCGCCGUCGUCCCGAGCUACCGGAGCAAAACUACUACGGUGAUCGGUCGACGGCUCGCGGGUCGCGGAGCGGACGGCGAAGGUGGCGGCGGAACCGAGGAACGGGAACGAGGAGCAUCGGCAUCGGCUUGAAUCGACUGUGGAUAUUGCGAGUGGCAUAUUCGCACGGCGCCGAGGACUCCCAGGCAUUUUCGUCUAUCGAGGAAAGGCCACGGCGAGAAUGCGGCGCGACCGGCCGACGGACGAUGGCUGUUAGAACGAGACGAGCUAUCGUGAACCUCGCCGCCGGGCAGGAGGAGGCGCACGCAGUGGCGGAAGGCAAGGAGAUGACACGUGGGGUCGCGCACCAGAACGGAGCCGCGAUCUUUUCGCGCGCGCGCAAGUAACGAUCGAGGAGGAGAGGUACGGCCUUGGUGGUGGAAGCGAAUGACAGCUUCUGGCCGGCGAUCGACAGUCGCUUACGUAGCGCCGACGAUUUAUUCGAGUUUCGCAAUCUCUCGGCAUCGACCGCGAUAUCCCGGCGGGACCGGCUCUCUUUUGCUCUGCCCCCUCGUUGACACCUCGCUCACCGCGAAACGGAGCAACACGAAGUCGCGCGACGGAUGUGGCGGCACAAUGUAGCACGGUGACCCCUCGCGGCAGUGGAGGUGCACGAAUUCUUUUGUUUUUCUUUUCCCCCCCGCGUAAACCACGAAACGAAUGCGAAAGUUCGAGGGAUCGCCCGCGAGUGAGACGACGAGCGCAAGGAUGAAGACGAUGGGCGACGUCGUCGCGGAUCCUAUCGACGAGACCGACGGGACCGCGCAGCCCGCUAGCGCGAGCAAGGAGUUCGGCCAGAGGACCCUGAGGUCCCUGAAGAGGGGAUUGGGCCGGCUCUGGAGGAGGCACCGGGGCAACGCAUCGAUAACCGAAUACGACCCCUCCUACAAAGUCGCGUAUCUCGGAAACGUGCUGACCGGAUGGGCCAAGGGCGAAGGCUGCGUCGAGAAGCCCGUGUCGACCCUGUGGCGGAACUACGUAACCAGCAACAGGCCCGACGUCUCCAUGAGGCUGACGGUGACCAACGGUGGGUUGACCGCGACCACAAAGGACCACGGCCUCACCGAGUACUGGGCUCACCGUGUGACUUAUUGCACGGCCCCGGCCUCUCACCCGCGGCUCUUUGUCUGGGUGUAUCGACACGAGGGCCGUAGACUGAGGCCCGAAUUGAGGUGUCACGCGGCCCUCUGCAGCAAGGAGUCCACCGCAAGAAGGCUCGCCUCGGUCUUGAAUACCAGGCUGCAGCAGGCGCUCAUGGAAUUCCGCCGGGACAAGGUCUCCAGGCAAAACGCCAGAUUGUCUUUGGCAAACGCAUUGUAUGACAAUCCGUCGUUGCCGCGUAGAAAGCUUCUUCUGAGCACUGGCGGCCAAAACUAUCGGCCACCCUUGGAGAGGUCGAAGAGCGCGCCUAAACUGUCGGCAAUCGAGGAAGACACGGUGGCCGAGGAGAUGGAACAGAAGAGGCUGCUGGAGGAACUGCGUUCCUUGGAGAACGCGCAUAGCUGGGAGGAUCAAGAUGGCUGGAUAGCCAGAUUACUGGAUGCCUUGCAUCGCGAAUCUGACGAAAACGGAAGCAUUUCGAGCGGAUGCGAAACCGCCAGCACAGCGACCAGCGAAGAGAGAGCCGCCGGCCCAGAGGAGCAUCUCGCGCAGAAUCAAAAUGAUCAGCGAGGAUUGAACAGAAGAUUUAUCAUAUCGGAGGACCGAGUCGGCAGAGGGCUAGGACCGCGAAGAAACUCCGAAGGUUCACCGCACUUCAUGACGUGCACCGGCAGUCCCCGUUUUAAACCUAUUGAUUCUAUGAAGAGGUUUCCCUUAAGCGAAGAAGAAGAAUCAAUGGAGGAGGAAGAAGAGGAAAUGGAGGACACCGUUUCAAACAUGUUCAAUUUCGUGGACGUCGAAGAUCUUGACAAUGUGGUGGAUUACCGGCCAAGGGGAGAGAUAAUGAACAGGAUUGAAGACCCGCAGAAGAGGGAAAGACGAGCGAACGAGAAGUAUCCUAGCAGGAUAGGUCAUGAAUUUUUGCAAAACGAGGAAACCUCAUUCCUAACUCUGGAUUCUCUCGACGAGGAGGCUGACAGCGAUGAGAGUGGUUACGUGGAGGCGCCACCAAAAUCUUUAUUGGGUCAAGAUGAUAAGAAGGAAGACGAAGAAGAAAGCAAGCAUCCACGAUUAGAGCUAUUUACAAACAAAGAAGAAAAUAAUUCUGAAUCGACAUGUAGAACCGAUGGAAGCGAGAGCCAGAGAACGAAACACGAGGAUUCUGAAGUAGAUAACCAAGAAGAGAAAACAACAGAGAAGAAAGGUUCUUUAUUGGUAGUCAAUGAUAAUCAAAGAAUUAAAGAGAGAGAAAAGGAGAGAGUGGACUUCAAGUAUCCUAUCUCGGACACUAUCAGAAAGUUAGCUAGCGCGUCACUAAGGAGUUCCAAAUCUUUUGAGAUGACGAACAACAGUUGUUUGAAUGUCCUAAAUAAUUUUAAAACCUCCAAGUCAUUUGAUAGUGUGAAGAACGACGAGAUUACUGUGGAUUCGCCAAGUCUUCACCAAAGAAAACAAUUGUUGGCACAACGCGGUGUCAUGGUUUAAAAUAUUCUUUUCGAGUUGAGUAUUUUUCCGAUUCUACAUUACAAAUUUAACAGAAAUCAAUGAACAAAUUUUUAUCUUUGAUUGAGUUAUCACAAAUCAUCAAGAAUAUAAUUUCACGAAAAUACCAAAUCUAUCAAUAAGAAUGCAAAAUUAAUGUAGAAGCUGUAUCUAAAUAAGAUUUAUCAAUUAUUUCAUUUCCGUCAACUGAAAAUAGGAUUUUGUUGCAAAUAAUUGCCAUUGAGUCAUUUUCCUUAUUGCUCGUAGGAUACAUAAUAAAAAAUAGAUUCGAUAAUAAAUGCACUUAAAUUCUCUCCAUCAAAGUCAUGCUAAAAGAUCUAUUUGACUAAUAUUGAAGUUAAUAACAAUUUAGUUAUUGUUCAAGAUAUUGUUCAAGAUAUCAUUUAAAUGAUAUGCAUGCAAUAGACUUUGAAAAAUUCCGCUUAAAUCUUUGAGUGCAAAUCAAAAAUCUAUUAUCGCCUCUUUAUACUUAGUAUCGCAAUUUGACUUAAAUGCAAUGUUCUAAGGGAUGUAACUUCUUUAGUUGGUUGGUUUCUUGAGAUUCGCAAUCUCGCAGAAAAGCACAAACAGUUAAAACUAAUUAAGAUUGAUUAAAAAGUCGUUCAACUAUAAAUUAAAUUUGACACAUAAAAUGAACCAACUCGGAUUAUGAUAGAAAAAUAAUUUCUAGAUAAAUUGACUUAUUGUUCUGAUCUUUAAUAAUAUGAUUAGGAAGAUUAAUUUUUUUUACUGUUUUUAUCACGCAAAACUCUAGUUCUUGACUAAUGUACAAUUACAAUUACAAAAAAUAUUUAUAUUAUAUACGUACAUAUAUACAAGACAAAUAUAAAUUAUCUUGAGGCUACUGAAUCUUUGAUAUCCGUAUUCGUUGUGUAUUACAGUCGAAAAAUAAGAACAUCCUGUUUGAUAGAACAAGCUUUGUUGAACAGUGCAUGCAAUCGACAGAAUUGGAUUAAAAUCAACUCGUAAAAGCAUGGUAGUUACAGUCUUUUCCAAAUACAAUAAACUGGCUAAUUUAGCAAUGUAAUUUUUCGUUGAUAUUAGGCUUCCAUAAGCAACACCUGAGUAUGGGGGUCUGUCUUUGAAGAUUAAUCGCAAAGAAAUUGUUUGUAGAACCAUGUAAGAUUAAUAGUGCACCGCCUUGUUGAUUAAUUAAUGUUAAUAUUGUGCGAUAAUCGAAUUAUAUUAACAAAGUUAAGUUUGAAUUUGUGGUAUAGAAGAUGUCGUGUAUCAAAAACAUUAUAAUUAAGCAAGAUUAAGUGACCACGUUUGUAAAUAUGACUUUUCACGAAGUGGAAAUCAACGAUAGUGGAAAUAAUUUCAGUGUUCGUAAUAUUACGAAUAAGAACGCAAAUGAAUCGAUGCUGUAGAGUGUAGAAUAUAACUGUUUCCCAUUGCGUUCUGUCAUCUGGAAUCAUUCCAACGCAAACAGUCUUGAGAACGAUCGAAGAUUAUUUUAAUUACGAAUACGUCGUCACUAUUCAGGACGUUCAAUGAUGCGUUUGUUCGAUUAUUAGGUCCGUUGCUUUAAUGCGACGCAUUUACCAUUUAUACAUGCUGCAUUGUAAAGAAUUACGGUAAUUUGGCAGAUCAGGAACAAUUGUCGCCUUGCCUUUUUCUCUAUCGAUUACUACGAGAGAGAAACAAUUUAGUGCAUAGUCAAAUAUACUUUCGCGUGACAAUGAUAUGUGCACUUUAUUUGGUCGGCCUAUACGUUAUUACGACAGAAUUCGAACAUUCCAUUGCAAGCCGAUCUUCAGUAAAUAGUGCACGUUAUCGGUAAUGACGACGCUUAUACGCAUAUAAUAUAACUCGCUUUGAUAAGGCGUUACAGCGAGUAUUUCGAAUCGAGUAUACCCGAGGAUUUUGUCACCGAUGCGAAAUCCGAUACAUUUUGUGCCAGAUUACGGCCGGAGUCGCGACGAUCGUUAUGUACGAGAAAGAAAUGGUGUACCAAUAAAAUAAAGGAAAACUCGAAAGCU